AUGCCAAUUAAGAAAAUGUUUGAAGCUUUUAUAAAAAAUGUAGUAUCACUUGGGAUUAACUUUCAGAGACAAUCACAUUCUAAAAAGCUCACUGUCGAAAAUGUUAAUGAUGCACUUGUAGCCUAUAAUUAUAAUCCGAUUCUUGGAUAUCGAAAUCGUAAAGGGAUAAAAUACGUCUCAGUAGGUCUUGUAGAUGGUCAAGAAGUAUAUAUACCCGAAGACAAGCAAAUUGAUCUUAAUACAUUCAUUAAUAAGCCACUUCCUCCCACUCCCAUCGAAAAAUUUUUUUCUUUUCAUUGGCAAGCAUGUUUAAAAGGUGUUCAGCCUCAAAUACCAGAAAAUAUAGCAGAACAAACCAGAGAUUCUUAUUCAGCUCCAAUUACUGUUGGCCAACUACAGAAAGCUAAAAUGACCGACCAAUCCGUUCAUAUUAUUUCAUCAAGGAAUGAUGUUGAUACAGAUUUAUACAAUACAUACAUGAACAUAUUUAAUAAGUCUCCUAGCUCUCCAGAAGUAGAUGUACUUUGCAAAAACAUGGAAAAAGACUCGGCAAUUUCACCAAUCUUGCCUUAUAUUAUGCAUGAAUUAUCCUCAGACUAUACACAACACCAAGACUUGAUUUUAAGAAUUAAAAUAGCAGAAGCUCUUAUUCAAAAUAAUUUUAUUCCAAUUGAAAAUUACUUAAUUAGCCUUAUUAAUCUAGCAAUUACAGGAAUUAAUGAGACAUCCUGUGAAUUCAUACCAAUUAAAGACCUCGCAGCUAAAUUUUUGGAUAAUUUGAUCAUAAAAUUCACUCCUCAGUUUCCAACAUUACGCCAGCGAUUGGCCGACCAUUUCUCUACAAUUUUCCUUGAUAAGAUACAAUUGAACAUCGGCAGAAAGGUCGGUUCUGCGAUCGCUCUUUCGUAUAUUGGACAAGAGAUAGUGAAAGACGUAAUUUUACCGAAAAUUCCAGAGUUACUAGCAAGAAUCUACCAGAGGAGAACAGUGGCCAACGAAUUGGCCGAUAUAUCAAAACUUAAGUCAAUAUUAUUGAAGUUAUCCGGAGAAUGCUUUAACAGAGAUACGUAUGAUGCAAUACAGAAGACGGGAUCACCUCGUCUGCCCCCAGAAAUAGCUGAAUUGUAUAAUAAUUUGGCAACAUAUUUCGGAUUGGAUCUUUUUAUCUAUUCUGCAAGAUGA